AUACUCCUGUAUAGAUGUACACUCGAACGAACGCACCUCGCAAAUGUGCAUAUACAGCCAAACAUACAUACGUACACAUAUACACACGCAUACAUACGCACUUGCGUACAUACUUACAAGAUACACAGAUGCAUACACAUAUUACAAGCAUAGUUACAUACAAGCAUAACAUUCAUACAUACCAGCAUGCAUACAUCGAUGCUUGCAUACAUACAUAUUUACAUACGUGCCUACAUAUGUUUAUGCAUAUAUUCAUACACUUUUAAAAAUAAACACCAAACUUACACAAACACAGACACUGUCACGUGUAUAUAAGCGCAUAAUUGUAACAAUAUUUUCAAGAAGUUGAUUUCCUCAACGACUCAACUGACUUCUCUUUCUGCUGGCUGGAACUCCUUUGAGAGUCCGACAUACAGAUUAACACUCAUAACAGAACGCUCUCGGGUGGCAAUAAGACCAACAAUUUCUGUUUCCAGUAUCUAUCACAGGAACACACAAUAAGUUGAAGGUUUCAAGUUUUGUCAUUGACUUGAAGCAAUCUAUAAGAGACAGAUUGGAGUAAUAUCGGGAAUAACCAGCCGAGAUUGCAAGGAUAAUCUGGAUCUCGACUGAAGAGAGAAAACUCCGAAUGACCUGUCUGUGUUUUCUUUGUAUCGUCUAUUGAUUCAGGCUUUGGAACUGCCCGUUUAUCGUGGAGUAGAAAAAAAACAAGAACUUGCACUUUUCACUGGUCUCCUUUCUGAUUGCCAUUAAGAAAUGCUUCUUGUCAAACUUUUUUGCUUGCUAUUAGCAGCCUCUUGCUGUCAUUCAACUCCAUCAGCAAAUUCUAGUUUGCAAAAUGUAUUCAAAUUAUCGGAUGAUGUAGGACCUUUAAACGCCGUAUUUGCCCAUGCCAAGCCAGAAGCAGAAAUUUACCCAGGAAUUGAUGGUCAUUUACAUCAUCUAAGGAACAUAAAAAGAUAUAAUUCCAGAUACCUUGUCAGAAGGGAAACACGAACGAGUUGCUGUGCAUACGAAUCUGGGACUUUCGAGCUAAAAGGAGGUAUUAAUCGGCAAGGUACACUUCUGAAUAUUUACAAAACCAACAAUUUUGUUCAAGAAUUUUACCAUAGAAGUUGUACUCAGCAAUCUCUUAACCAACCCUGCAAAUUCGUACAAAACACCAGUAAAUCUAGAUGCACGCAACGUUACACGUACCAAUAUGCCUUGGUAACCCAAGUGAUCGGGGGGCAGCUUCAAUAUGAUUACAUUAAAGUGAAAUCGGGUUGUGAAUGUGAAGUGGCCCCUUGAAAAGCUAUACCUGGUAGAAUGACAUUAACACUGCUUCGAACGAAUGUAUAAAAUUAUAAUAAAAUGUAUCAACUUUG